UACCAGAUACGACAGCUAUAGUGCGCAACAUGUCUUUAGAGACAGCACAUGUUAAGGAGGUAGAGGCAGUGUGUGUGAAGACCGAGCCCGGAGAGGUGUGUGUGAAGAUGGAGCUCAGAGAGGUGUGGGUGAAGAUGGAGCCCAGAGAGGUGUGUGUGAAGACGGAGCCCGGAGAGGUGUGUGUGAAGACGGAGCCCGGAGAGGUGUGUGUGAAGACGGAGCCCGGAGACGUGGGUGUGAAGACGGAGCCCGGAGAGGUGUGUGUGAAGAUGGAGCCUGGAGAGGUGUGUGUGAAGAUGGAGCCCAGAGAGGUGUGUGAAGAGGAGGAACGGGAGUGCAAGGACAGUGCGGGCUCGAGCGGAGUGAGCGCGGCGGCCGCGCGGGCCGAACUGCAUACCGACUAUGAUGUCAAGGACCAGUUCGUUCUAGGCCCCGAGGAGUGGCACCGCUCUAAAGUGCAUCCACAAGAAGUGUAUUCAGACGGCAGCGCCGCCCGCGCCAGGGAACAGCUCGCGAUGGGUUGUUUCGUGGUGCUCGAGCGCCUCCGCGGCGACGCGACUAUUCACAGUGGAGACAAACCAUACCACUGCGAACACUGUGGCAAGCAAUUCAGAAACAUGUCAUUUUUAAAGAGACACAUAGAAAAUAAACACUUGUUAAUCGGACCAAAACCAUUUGCUUGUGAUUUUUGUAGUUCUACGUUUCAAACCAAAUUGCUUGUAAUAGAACACGAGAAAAGCGAACACGGUGUUACAAACUGUGAUUACAAAUGCACGGACAUAUCAACCUUGCAAACAAAUCGGACAAUACAUACCGGGGCGAAGCCAUAUAAAUGUAGCGAGUGCGACUACAGCUGCAGGCGGAAAGGAAACGUGCUAAGACACCAGAUGAUACACACCGGAGAAAAGCCUUACACAUGUGGUCAAUGCGACUAUAGCUGCAGGCGGAAAGGAAACUUGCUAGUACACCAGAGGUUACACAGCGGAGAAAAGCCUUACAAAUGUAGUCAUUGCGACUAUAAGUGCAGUUCUAGAUCAAGUCUAAUAAAUCACGAAAUAAAACAUACUGGCAGGAAGACUUUUGAAUGUAGCUUUUGUGAUUACAAAUGCUGUUUUAAAUCAAACUUACAAGUUCACCUUAGAAUGCACACCGGCGAGAAGCCUUACGAAUGUAGUGAUUGCGACUAUAAGUGCAGUAAUAGUUCAGGUUUAAUAGCACAUCGAAGAACACAUACUGGCGAGAAGCCUUUUACGUGCAGCUACUGUGGUUAUAAAUGCGGUCACAAAUCACACUUAAAAGAACACCUGAAGAUACACACUGGGGCGAAGCCAUUUCAAUGUAGCCACUGUGAUUACAAAUGCACUCAGAAAUCAAAAUUACAGAUACACCAGAUGAUACACACUGGAGAAAAGCCUUUCAAAUGUAGCCAUUGUGAUUACAGAGGUCGUGAUAAAUCAGUCCUACGAAAACACCAGAAGACGCAUACAGAGACAAAGCCUAUAAACGUAGCAACAGCGAGUACAAGUGUAGCCUGAAGCAGCACCUGCGAAGACACCAGACGAUACACACGGAAGAGAAGCCUUAUAGGGAAGGUUCGUGUUAGAGGGUAUGCUGCCGUUUGACCAAAUUCGGAAACUUAAACCUGAUAUUGUCACGUCAAGCCAAUAUCAGUUCCUACGUGCUCCCUUGCACGAAAGACUACACGAUAAAAUUUGAAUAUAUAUGGUGUGUUGUGCGAAGGAUGUCCCGACAAUCAACCCCGGUCUGUCACGGAGGCUGCGACAGCUGAAGAGGCCACAGCUCCGGCUACUAACUGACUGACCAAGCACCUAUUAACCCUACGUGCUACAGAUAGCCCCCUCUGCAGGGCAUGCAUGGAGGCAGAAGAGACAGCCACCCACGUCAUUCUCGAAUGCCCAGGGGUGACAGAGUACCGGGCAGAACACCUCGGUUGGGGUCUCUCCCACAGGUCGUCGGCAACAUCAAGGGUCUGCUAGACUUCUUGGAAGAGUUGGGUUGGCGAGAGUAGUGCCGACAACCCAUCACGCAAAGUAGGCGCAAAAAUAUGACGUCGAGUUAUGAAUGAUAUGAAUAUUGGGUUACAUAAGUAGGUGUUUGAAGGAAUUUGUUUCACCAAGAUUCUACCUAUACAGGUGUACAUGCACUGUA